AUGGUCAACUCGCGCACAUCAGCAUCAUCGCGAACACCACAUGUAGUCGUCACUUACCAAGGCGAUGACGAAAUUGCCGACCAACAGCAGCACUCUUUGCUUCUACCGGACCGCGCUACGGGUGCGAGUGUGGGUGAAAAACGACAAUGUCGUUGCUGGAAACGUCUGGUGCUCGUUAUCUCGAUCCUAGCGAUUGGGAUCGGCAUCUUCGAAGCAGCUUUCCACGGCAAGGAAGCCGAAUCGCUUCAAGCUGCUAAAAACAAGAUCCAUCAGCUUGAACAGGAGCUCAGCAACAAAGUCAAAGGUGGCUACAACCAGGUUUUGGCGACCAUAUCACACGGCACUCCGUCCGACCACGUACCGAACGGCAAAGAAGCCGGGUUGAGCAUGGACAGAGAUGUGCAACGCGUAAUGGGAAAGUCAGUCAUCGUUCUUAAGACUGGCGCUUCGGUUCUAUUCGAACGCUUGCCGGUUCAGCUCUUGCUUGCACAAAGCGCAUUCCAGCCUCGCCUCGACGACACCAGUCAGAGCGACCAAGCUCGACCGUCGAUGCUCGUGUAUUCGGAUUCGGCGCUGCAGCUCGGCGAGUUCACAGUACAUGAUGCUCUUGCCAACGUGUCGUCGUUUGUUCGCAACAACAAAGAGUUCUCUCAACAGUACACCGAGCUUCACUCGCUACUGGACAAUGACCAGGAUCGAGAAUGGACCGCGACCGAAUUCAAGGACGGAUGGAAACUGGACAAGUGGAAGUUUCUUUACAUGUGGCAGGAUGCUUUUCGACACCAUCCGGAUGCUGACUGGUAUAUUGGGUAUGAAGCCGACACGUUUGUGUUUUGGAAGUCGUUGUUCAAGUUUCUAUCGCAACAAGACGCGUCUAGAGAGCACAUUUUUGGAUGUGGAUCGAUCCUGAUGCGAGGCAACGAGCUGUUUGCCAAUGGCGGAUGUCCCUACAUCAUGUCGGGCACGCUGAUGCGUUCUACGUUUGGUAAGGAUGACAAGUUUGCGUCAAAGUUCGACUCGGACGUAAGCACAAGCUGUUGCGGUGAUGCCGAGCUUAGUAUCGCGCUACGUAAACACGCGAGCGUACCGAUUGACAAGCUCGGAGACUCGGGAUCCAGAUUUCAAAACCAACGUCCACGAGAGAUCCUCUUCGAUGCAGACAAGUGGUGCGAGCCCAUCUUGAAUUUCCACCAUCUCAAACCACACGAAGUGGCGGUAUGGACGCAGAUCGAAAUCGACAUUCGAUCCAAGAAACGUGCCAACCAGACCAUCCUCCACUCGGACGUGUUCGACUACAUCGUCACCAAGCCACUCAAAAUCGCACUCGACACUCUAGCGCAAAACGAGACAUCAUCCCACCUACUCCCCACCAAGCAACACUGGCAAGCUUUCACCAACGCCGACCACGGUGUUCGUCAGGCUCGCCCUGUACCCGAUCCAGACGCCUGCCAGAAACAGUGCCUAGAAAGCAAUGGCUGCACCACUUGGCUCUGGAGCAAACCUAACAACCACGACCAGCACGCCGACUGCCACAUGAUGCACUACGCCGUCCGCAUCGGCGAACCGUACAAUGGCGCAGAACAACGGACGAGCGGCUGGAUCGCCAAGCGCAUCCACGAGUUCCAGCUCCAGCAUCGCUGCAACGAUCCCCCCGCCGCGUAA